CAAGACAGAGCUUUUUGGGGCCAGAUAAAAACCAGAGGCAGCUAAAACACCAUGGACGGCGGCCCGGGCUGGGGAAAAGCUGAUGUGCUGCUGCAUGUCUGGACCAUCGUGUUAUGGGGUGUCUUUUACUUGCUCAGUGUCACUGCGUCAGCUCCGCAUCACCUGGGGGAAGACUUUGUGGUGGCCUUCAUGCAAAACGGUUUGCAGCAGACCCUCAACAGCGACUUCAAGCUGCUCAUCACAGGUUAUUCGCCCUUCACGUCCGUAACCAUCUCCAUGAAGAAGCCAGGCUUGAGGAUGACGGUGCAGGCAACCAUGGGCCAAACCAUCCUGGUGAAGAUCCCACCCCAAGCAGAGAUGGUGGGAAGUAAAACCUUCGACAACACUGUGGUGGUGAGGUCCAACAAUGCCAUCUCCUUGGUGAUGGUCAAUGAGAAACCCACCUCAAUUGACUCAGCCGUGGUAUACCCAGUGCACAGUUGGGGCACGGAGUACCACGUUGUGACGCCCAACGUGGGCACUGACCGCUAUGGCGAGUUCGUGGUGGCCGCCUGGGAUGAGCCCACCACAGUUGACGUGCACCUCAAAGCCACGGUGACCUACCAAGGCCGGUCUUACCCCCGGGGCUCAGUGCUCCCCAUCAGACUGGAGCCCUUCCAAGCAGCCCAGCUCCAAAGCCCAUCUGAUAUGUCUGGCACAAGGAUCGUGGCGCAGAAACCCGUGGCCGUCUUCACCGGCCACACUUGCUUGGCCAGGUUCGCCCACUGCGACCAUUUGGUGGAGCAGCUCCAGCCCGUUUCCAGCUGGGGCACUACCUUCAUCGUGCCGCCGUUGCCUUUCGAGACUCAGUCUGAUAUCAUCUACGUCUCCACCUCCCAGCCAACACGCGUGGAGUCUCAACAUGGGGUGACCAAGACCGUUCGGGAGCUACGGCCCAGCCGGUCAACGCUCUAUGGACUCCAAGCCUUAAAUACCUUGUACCUCUCUGCCAACGCUGGCAUCCAGGUAAUUUUUUUUGCCGACGGAGGUAAUAAAGAUGCCAUCUCUUAUGACCCGUUUUUUAUGACCAUCCCAGAUGUCUCCAGCUACUGCCACUCCUAUAACAUCUUUGCCCUGGACGGUUAUGAUAAUUAUGCCCUGCUGAUAGCCAAAAGCUCGGAGACGUCUGGAAUGAUGCUCAACAAAAUGCCGUUGAAAAACGUUGUGUGGAAGCCCGUCCCGGGCACUGAUUACUCCUGGGCCGGGCAGAGUUUGGGCAGUCAAUUCGCCGUCCACACGGUGGAGCACAAGACGUCCCCCUUUGGGUUGCUCAGCGUGGGGAUCCGGGAGCAAAAAGCCUAUGGGUCGGCGGCUGUUUGCGACAGUGAUCCCUGCCGGCUCGUGAAAUGCCGCACGAAGGAGACGUGCAAGAUGGAGAAGGGGGAGGCGGUGUGUGUGCACGACUACAUGGGAACCUGUAUGGGGUCGCAGUCCCUGCAAUACCACACCUUCGACGGGAUGACUGUGGACAUCCGGGGUGGCUGCACCUACACCAUUGCCAAGUAUUGCGGCAACGAGCCCACCCUGGUGCCUUUUGUCGUGGAGGAGAGGAAGAGCGAAGGCAAUUUUCAGGAGUGGUUGACCAACAUCUACGUGUAUGGCUACAACAUCUCCAUCCACAAGGGAGAGGGAGGCAAAAUCCAGGUCAACAACAAACUCACCAGCCUACCAGCCACCCUGGAAGCGGGGAAGAUGCAGAUCUCCCAAAAUGAGGGCCGGACCAUUCUGCAAACAGAUUUUGGGCUACAGGUGACCUACGAUGAAGACUGGGCCAUAAUGGUGGCGGUGCCCAGCAGCUACUUCGGGGCCACCUGUGGACUCUGUGGCAACUUCAACGAGGACACGGAGGAUGAGACGACGCUUUCCGAUGGCACUCAGGCUGCCAGUGUGGAGGACUGGGCCGAAAGCUGGCGAGAUCCCUCCUGCCAGGAUGAUUGUGGAGGCCAGGAGACGCUGCAGGACACAGCAGGCUGUGCUCAGAGAUGUCCCAAAAACAGCCACUUCCAGGCCUGUGGGACGGCGUGCCCUGCCACCUGUGCCGACCCCAAAGCCCCCGCGUCCUGCAGCAAACCGUGCACGGCGAGCUGCCAGUGCAAUGAGGGCUUCGUCCUCCACAAUGGCACCAAACCGUGCACGGCGAGCUGCCAGUGCAAUGAGGGCUUCGUCCUCCACAAUGGCACGUGCGUCCCAGUGGAGACCUGCAGUUGUUUCCACAACGGCCGCUCCUACAAGGUCCGGGAGGAGUUUUGGGAGGAUGGGAGCUGCCAGAGCCGGUGCCGAUGCGAGGUGGGGGGCAAGGCAGCUUGCAAGAAGGCUGGGUGCAAGGCCCAUGAGAAAUGCGUCACGGUCGACGGUGUCCCCAGCUGCCAGGCGAACAAGUACUUUACCUGCAUUGGGACGGGUGACCCUCACUACACCACCUUCGACGGGCUGAGAUACGACUUCCAAGGGACGUGCAUCUACCAGUUCGCAGCGCUCUGCACCCAAGAUCCCACACUGGUCCCCUUCACCGUCAAGGUGGAGAACAACAACCGGGGCAGCAAAGCCGUGUCCUUCACCAAAACUGUCACGUUGGAGGUCUACGGCAACGUCAUCAGCAUGAGCCAGGAGCACCCGCGCAAGGUGAAGGUCAACGGUGCUUUCGUGGAGCUCCCGUUCACCCAGAAGGGCCAGUUCGAGCUCUACCACAGCGGCGUCCACGGCUUCGCCCGCACCGCCUUCGGCUUGCGGGUGAGCUUCGACUGGUACAGCUACGCCCGCGUCAUCCUCCCCGACGCCUACGCUGGCGCCGUCUGCGGCCUCUGCGGCAACGCCAACCGCAAUGCCAACGACGACUUCAUCACCCGUGAUGGCAAACAGGCUGUGGAUGAAAUCCAGCUGGCCGAUAGCUGGAAGGUGGGAGAUGUCCCCGGCUGCUCAGCCGGUUGUGUGGGGGAUUGCCCGGUGUGCAAUGAAGAGCAGAAACAGCCCUACCGCGGUGACAGCUAUUGUGGGGUGAUCGCCAGAGCUGGGGGACCCUUCCGGGCCUGCCACCACGCUGUCAACCCUGCACCCUUCCUCGAGGACUGUGCCUUUGACGCCUGCCACUACAAAGGCCACCGGGACACCUUGUGCAAAGCCAUCGCCGCCUACGUGACGGAGUGCCAGAGCCAUGGCGUCAGCGUGGAGCAGUGGAGGACGCCAUCCUUCUGCGGCCCCUCCUGCCCCCGUCAUUCACACUAUGAGCUCUGCGGGAGCAGCUGCCCGGCCACGUGUCGGGGCCCAGCCGUCCCUUGUGGCUGUGAGCACCGGGGCCGCUACUACAAGAAGGGUGAGGAUUUCUAUGCCUCGUGCCGGGAGAGAUGCCGUUGCAAAGCCAACGGGGUGGUGGAGUGCGAGGAGGUCUUCUGCAGCGCCCACGAGGAGUGUCGAGUAGAGGACGGGGUGCUGGGGUGUUACCCCGCUGGCUACGGGAGGCUGGUGGUGUCAGGAGACCCACACUAUGUGACGUUCGACGGGCGAGCCUUUGACCUCCGGGGCUCCUGCACCUAUGUCCUGGCGCGGAUCUGCAAGCCAGCGCCGCGGCUGACAAACUUCUCGGUGCUGCUGGAGCACGACAUGGGCGGUCCGGGCAACGUGGCCCUGAUGAAGAAGGUGGUCAUCUCCAUCCACGGGUACACAGUCAGCAUGGAGAGGGGACGGAAAUGGGAGGUGAUGGUAGAUGGGGAGCGCUACACGCUGCCGCUAGUGACAGAGGACAGGAAGCUACGGAUUGGCCAAGAAGGGAACAACAUCAUCCUCCAGACCGCCGCCGGCCUCCGGCUCCUCUACAACGUGGUCACCUACCUCCUCGUCACCAUCCCCGACGCCUACCGGGGCCGCAUGUGCGGACUGGGUGGCAACUACAAUGGGGACCCCAGUGAUGACUUCCAGCUGCCCGGCGGGUCCCUGGCACAGAGCACCGAGGAAUUCGUCACCUCCUGGAAGAUGCCGAUGGAGGACGGAGCAUGCACCGAUGGCUGCAACGGCAAGGUCUGCCCCACGUGCAACGCCACCAACACUGCUCCCUAUGGCGCCAGCGACUCCUGUGGGCUCAUCCGGGACCCGGCGGGACCUUUUGGGCCAUGUCACCCACGGGUGAGCCCGGUGGAGUAUUUCAACCACUGCCUCCAUGAUGUCUGUGCUGCCGACGGCGCCCGUGAUGUCCUGUGCCACAGCCUCCAAGCCUACGCUGCCGCUUGCCAAGCUGCCGGGGCCGAGAUCAGCGGGUGGAGAACAACCACUUUUUGCCCCCUCUCCUGCCCACCCCACAGCCACUAUGAGCUCUGCACCCGUACCUGCGACUUCACUUGCGCCAGCCUCUCCGUGCCGGCCCCGUGCAGCUGGACAUGCUUCGAGGGCUGCCAGUGCGACGAUGGGUACCUCUUCGACGGAGAAGCCUGUGUGUCCCUGGAGCAGUGUGGCUGCAUGCACCAGGGACGGUAUUUCAAGGCGGGUGAGACCAUCAUCUCCAGCAACUGCUCCACAAAAUGCAAUUGCCACCUGUCCCAGGGACUUGUCUGUGAGGACAUACAGUGUCCCCCGGAUGAGGUCUGCGCCACGCAGGACGGGGCGCAGCGGUGCGUCAAGCGAGUAGGCCAGUGCCGGGUUUCCCCGGGGGCCUCCUUGACCACGUUUGACGGUGCCGGGGGAAGGCUCCUCGCUAGCGGCACCUACAAAGUGGCCGCCCUUUGCAACGAACAGUCACCCAACUGGUUCAAGGUAGUGGUGGAGGUCAGCGAGUGCCGGGACGACAGCAUCCCGGCUGCCGUGGCCGUCUUCAUCUUCUUCCGCGAAGCUUUUAUCACUGUGAAUAACAACAUGGAGGUGUGGGUGAAUGGCCUUUUCACCCGCCUUCCAGCUGUGGUGUCCGAAGCCAUUUCCUUGAGCGCGGUAGCGGGGAACGUCACCAUCUCCCAUACGUCGGGGAUGGAUGUGCUCUUCAGCCCCAGCGGGGAGAUGACGGUGACCGUAAGGGCCGCCUUGGUCAACCGGCUCUGCGCUCCCUGUGGCAACUUCAAUGGUGACCCCAGCGAUGACCUGAAGCUGCCUGAUGGCCGGACUGUGAAGAGCAUCGCAGAGGUUGUUGAUGCCUGGAAAGCCAGGGAUUUUGCGGGAUGCCGCGUCUCCAACCUCGUGCGGAUGGAAGUGGAAGCCCCCGUCUACCCUAUGCAGUAGGCGAAACCACGAGGGGACUGAUGCGAGAGGACAGUUUCCACAUGCACGCCAGUUCAUGCACUUCUUGUAAAUACUCCUGCAGAGGCUUUCAUGCCUCUAGAGGCACCAACCGGCGUCUCAGGUUGAGUUUCUGCAAGCGCAGAAGGAAAACCAGCACUGAGCUAUGAUGGAUGUCUACAGCAGCAGGUCGCACGGCCUCAAAUACCUGCAAAAAAAGGGCAAACGCUUGAUCUGGCCUCAAAUCGGUGAGAAAAAAGGUGUAUUUUGAAAACCUGAUCUGCUCCAGGUAGAGCCCAAAGCCGAGAUGAUCCGUCUGCACCGGAGUGGCCUGAAGGAAAGCGAGAUAAACACCUCAAGCCAAAAUAAACGUAAAAUUGAGAUCAACAGACCCAAAUCCCAGCCAUUUUUCCCCAGGAAGGCACUAUUCCCAUUGACUGUUUUCAGUAU